AUCACGGUGCGUGAAGACCUUGAGGUUUCUCCCUUUCGAAAGCUGAAGUAAUUCAUGUACAGUUCAUAAAGUUCUCGUGUAAUUUAUCAGUGACUGUUUCCAGAUUUUUUUUUUCGUUUACACUGACUCAUUUAGAUCUUGACUUCGAACGAAACGGUUUUGAUUUUAGAGACAAUUCCAUGACAUCUUGAAGAAUUCACGGUCGUUGCAGCUAUGUUCCUUGUUCCACUUUUUUACGUGUUCUCAUGAUCUUUCGUUGUUAGUUCGGUCAAAGUUUCUCGGCUCGAAGUUCAGAAGCGUUUCAGUCGUAACGCCUAGCUUCUGAAUGAGCUCGCGUGAAGUUACUCAACACGGUACAGUCGUGAAUCAGUCAGGUUGUCAUCAGUUUGGACUGAUCUCUUUGGAAUUUCUUUUCCUGCCCACGUGACCUUGUCUCUUUCGUCAUCAGCCGAAAGUAGCUUUUCGCAAGGAUGCCCACCGAAAGAGAUCUGUGAAAAAUUGUCUGUGAAGCAUUAAAAGUAGUCAUGAAGUGUAUUUUUGGAUAGAUCUUAGCAAUUAUCCACCAUUUCCGGCACGUUUAUAAAGAUCCUACGUCUACCGCGAUAGCGGAAAGAGAAGAAGGGAAAAAAAUAAAAGAAAAUUAUAAUAAUCACGAAUUAUAAUAUUGUGCUUCAGUCCCUUGAGCUCAGUAUAUCACUUUAAAAUAAAAUUCGACGGAAAGAAUGUAUCGUUCCUGAAUCUCGUUUUUCUGACUCCUUUAAAACUAGUUUGCCCAGAUAAGAAUGAGAUAGUGUCCGGGUGAUUUCUCGCUUUGUGUCAUCGCUGCAGAACUUAUUUUCUGACGAUUUUAAACUGCACAUUUGGAUGAUUCUUGGUGGAAUUGCAGAACUGCUUGUUAAGAGAGGCGCUAGAAUCAUGGAGCCAAAACUUUGGCUCCGCUUUCAGCGAAGUCCCGUAUGAAAAAUUAGCGGUCAUUCUACAUGAACUGCAAUCCUAUCCUUCGGCCGAACAAGUGGAUGAGAUGCUUCAGUCUGUUCAAAAAUGUAGAAAACGGAGCACUGGCCUUUACUUGACUUUCAGCGAAUUAUGUACCUUCACGUCUGAGUUUAAAAAAUGCUAUGAGAAAGGAGUUCCCUUUCCUGCACAGCUGUCUCGCUUACUAGAGAGAGAUGGUCCACAUAAAAAAAGGAAAGCAAGGAAAAUGUCAAAAGGAAUACCCAAAAAUGAUGUGUUUUUGGGUGGAUCGUGCAACCCCACCACUUGGAGGCAAGACAUCGCCAUUCCUCUCCUUAACAAAUUGGGGAUCACAUUUUAUAAUCCUCAAGUGUCCCAGUGGCGGCAAGAGCUGAUCGAGUUGGAACACCAGGCUAAGGAGGCAGCCUCCAUACUGUUGUACGUCUUGGAUGACAGGACACGAAAUGUGGUAGGCAUCAUCGAGACGGCUUUCUUUGCGGGAAAUAGUCGUAAAUUGGUCCUCGUUAUGUCCAUUGCAGAGCCUGGCAACAUCAUCAACGGCGAGGCGAUCUCACAAAUAGAGAGCGAUGACUUGCGGUUAGCCCAAUUCCUAUUGCAAGACCUAGUAAAGAAACAUGGCAUCUCAGUUUUCGACAACAUUCCGCUAGCAGUUAGUUGUGCGGCUAAGAUAGUUCAGGACAACAAAAAAGUCCCAGACCUAGAAUACUCCAACUCAGUUGAACUUUUGAAAAAUAAUUCUUUGAUAGUUCCUGACAAACAAUUAGAUCUGCAAAAAGUAUUUAGCGCAAUUGAUACAACCAAUAGUGGUGAAAUUAGUCUCUCUGAUGUCUGUCAGUUAUUGACCAAACAUAAUCUAUCACAAACGGAAUUACGAGGAAUUUCAUCUCAAGUAACAGGUUCCAAGGAAAGUAACAUUGGAGAAGUAAAGAUAAAUUUUUCUCAAUUUUGUUCAAUAUUCUCUGGAUUGAAAACAUCUUUGAAUAGUGACGAUGCAGAAAGUGAGAUUUCUUCAAGUUCUUCUCCCCCUAACCUCUUUUUAUCUCGUCUAAAGCAGUUCUCUACUAACAUUCAUGGCAAAGUCUUAGAAUGGGUUGUUAGAUGGCGUUACAAUGUUAUGUCGAAAGGUAACAAUGAUCGAGAAGAUCUUUGCUUAGUUGGCGAUAUCAGUGAUUCAGAUCUGAUGGUUACUUCAUUGCCAAAGAUGAAAAAAGUGAAUCUCUCCAUUUUAAGGUUCCCUAAGAACGAAGAAGGUAUCAAUCUGAUUGAUAAGUACCAAGUGUUGAUCUUCCAUAUUCCAGCCACCACACGAGGUUUAAGCACAAUGACUUUGGCAAGUUACUAUAUUGGUCAAGGAUGUGAAGUGAUAUUGAGCAUUCAAAUGAUGAAAAAAAAUACAACAAUUAAAGGAGAAGUGAUUUCACCAGCAGCUAUUUCUGACUACAAUCGAGGAAGAUCUUAUUUGUCUGACUUUGCUAAAAAGGAAUCUCUGCCUGUUUUUGAUAAUUUAAAUGAUGCCUUACUAUGUGCCGUUAAUAGAGUCAGUUCCACUUGCCCAUAAUCCUGAAUAUUUCAGGCUACUUAUUACUCUGCAUUAUAUUUUAGUAUGUCCAGCCCAUCAGACUCGUAAAUUUCAAACAACCUCCAUGGUUUGGUAGGUUGGUUUUAUAAUGAAUACAUAGGGUUGUAUGUCCUAUAUGGAACUCUUAUGAAAAGGAUCGGCAGUAAUGUCAGUGAUUGUAAAAAUCUACAAUGUAGACACCUUUGUCUAGAGUGCAGAGGAAAUGCACGUUGGAGAGGUGCACACUCUUCAGUUUAUAAUAAUUUGUUUCUGUGUAAUGUAAUAUAAUAUAUACAGACGGAAUUUUUCCCUGCAAAAGACUACUCUGAUUGCACAAUUCAAAAUGGCCUACUUUUUCAUGAUCAUUUAAUGUUUUUACAGAGGGACACACAUUAUAAAUAUUGUAUUAAAUGAACACUUCAAGGAAUUUGAUUUUUCAUAGGCUGGUUUCUUUUGCUUACUUGAAGCAAUUUUUUUGACUGAAAUACAGAGCACUUAAUAUAUUCCUGUCACAAAUCAUUUUAAGUCAGAGAAGUCUCAACAUGUCUGCUUGUAAUACAUCUUGAAAUUUAAAGGUUUUUUUUGUUCAUUUAAAUUGAAAUUCAGACAGCAGGUUAUCGAAUGAUGUUGAAGUCAUGAAAAAGUUCAGUGAACAAAACCAUGAAUGAGUAACCCUAUAUCCCUCUCGUGCUCUGAUCAAGAAUGCCCUUGUCUCCGCUGUGCAAGAAACUUUAGAAUCUCAAAACUGUACUUCAUUUACCUUCAUUAUUUUAAGCUUUAUACAUUUUCAGCCAUGUCAAAACAUCACUAUGUUGUUAUACUUAUUUUAAGCAGCUUUUUUUUUCUUUUCUUCUUAUCUAAAAAUUGCAUGAUUUUUGUAAUGAUGUGAAAGUUUUAAAGAUUAUUUGUAUUUUCUUUGUAUCUAAAUUACUAACUUUGCAUGGACUGCCUCAUUUGUUCAAUGGACAGUAAACAUGGUAAGAAAUUAAAAACCGCAAUUUAUGUUUGCUCAUCAACAUUUUACAUAGUGUACAAUGGACAUAUCAAAACUUUCCAAAUUUGAGUAUUAACAACUGUUCUUGUGUAAGUUAAUUCAUACUUCUUGUUCACUAAAAAAUCUUAGUUUACUCAAGUCAGGUUGAGCAUUAAACUAAUUUCGAUGAAAGAAUUUUGCUGUAUCAACCUUUUUUUUGACAAAAUCAAAGGUAUCUUGUAUCAGAAGAGGAA